AUGCCUACCUUCGCAUUAGUGUACAUCGGUCUUGCGUUCUUGACACGCAUUCAGCAUCUUGAGGUAGAGGCAGACGAGGUGAUGGUGUCAUUCGAUGUAAUCUCGUUAUUCGCAUCCAUCCCACCCGCACUGGCUAUCAACACUAUCGACGGCCUUCUUCGUGAAAAAUAUGACGAGACCGAGAAGCAACUCAAACGAGCGCACAUCAUCGAGCUCCUCGAAAUGUGUCUUAAGACCUUUUUCACCUUCAAUGGCUAA